AUGGGGUUCGAGUCGUCGGCGGAGACGGAGCGGUUCCUGUGCGAGCGGCUGCUGGACGCGGCGCAGCCCAUCGCGGAGCGCUUCCGCGCGCUCUUCUCCCUCCGCAACCUCCGCGGCGACGGCCCCCGCCACGCGCUCCUCCAAGCUGCAAGGGAUCCCUCUAACUUGCUUGCCCAUGAGGCUGCAUUUGCGCUUGGACAAAUGCAGGAUGUUGAAGCUAUCCCUGCAUUAGAGGGAGUUCUCAAGGAUCUUUCACUGCAUCCAAUUGUCCGCCACGAGAGCAUUUCCCUGUUGAAAGAGAGUUUAGCAGCUGAUCCUGCCGUGGAGGUGCAAGAAACAUGCGAAUUGGCUCUUAGACGGAUAGAAGGGCAGAAGAAUGCUAGUGGCGCUGAAAGCACAACAAUUUCGCCUUAUCUAUCAGUUGAUCCAGCACUGCCUGCCAAGCAAGGACUUUCAGUAGAACAACUAAGGGAGCUUCUCCUCAACGAGCAAGAAAAGAUGUAUGAACGUUAUGCAGCUCUUUUUGCGCUUAGGAAUGAUGGCGGAGAUUAUGCUGUUUCUGCUAUCAUUGAAUCUCUAGGUGUGAAAAGUGCUCUUCUGCGCCACGAGGUCGCUUAUGUAUUAGGUCAGCUGCAAAAUAAGGCUGCUUCAGAUGCACUUUCUGGUGUGCUGAAGAACGUCAAUGAGCACCCGAUGGUCAGACAUGAAGCUGCUGAGGCCCUUGGUUCAAUUGCGGAUCAAGAAAGCAUUGCGCUUCUGGAGGAAUUUUCCAAGGACCCCGAGCCCAUCGUCUCCCAAAGCUGUGAAGUAGCCCUCAGCAUGCUCGAGUACGAGAGAUCAGGGAAGUCGUUCGAGUUCCUGUUCCUCCAGACUCCUCAGGUGCAGCAGGAGUCCUGA